UCUUUUCUUUUUUUUUUUUUCUUUCUCUCUUUUAUUUUUCUUUCUUUUCGAAAUACAAUAUCUUUUCAAAGGAAAACAAAAUAAAGAUGACGAUAAGAAAUCGAUUAUACCAAAUGAUUUCACCUAGUAAUUCUACUGAGAUUAACAAUCCAAGGCCAUCGUCUAGUACAUCCAAUAGCCGGUACAAUCAUCGAGCCAGCUUAGUCGGAUCAUUGUCAUCAACACUAAAUUCAGGAAGUAAUGGCGGCGUCAAUGGCAAUAUUAUCCCAACUUCUCCACCAGCUGAUUAUCAUAUUGUACUUGUUGAUAUCAAACAAACGGUAAAAGAGCGUAAAAUUGAAUGUGUGAAAAAAAUCUUGGAUCAGCCCGGUCUCCGCUAUGCGGCCAUAUCCUAUCGAUGGGGAGAGGUGCCUGAACAAGCUGUACUUACUCCAUCCUAUGUUGCACACAUUACCAGUUUUGCUCUGUCCGAUUUAGAAUUACUUUGCGGACAACUUCUUGUAUCUAAUGAGGAAAAAGUAGAUUACAUCUGGGUGGAUGCAAUUUCAAUUGACCAACAAAAUGAAAAGGCUCGCAAAGCCACCAUUCGACAAAUGAACAACAUUUAUCGACAUGCUACCAUGAUCUUGGCGAUUCCAGAUUUGCAUAUCGCUUACCUUAAACGGGACCCAAGUUCCAAGGCGGCAUUGGCUCGUAUUCGGAAGCAUACACCUCGGAUGUAUAAUCAUGUCUCUGGUAUCUGUCAACCUACACGUGUGGUGCCACCUUCUGAUCAUCACCAUAUCCAUGAUUUUCCUCAUAUUGCGACAUUUAUUUCUUCUCAGUUUUCAUCAUCAUCACCUACAUCAUCGAUACCUCCAGAUAGUCCCAGCACACCAUUGACACCGGUGACGCCAGAUACCCCAGAACGGCUACAACAGCAGCGUCAGCAACAACAAACUCAAUGUGAUUGUUAUCAGCAAGAGAAUGGAGCGUCAUAUGCUGAAGCAAUUGAUUACCUGCAAUAUCUCAUCAAUGAUUGGAGUAAUCGAGUGUGGGUGAUCAGUGAGUACCACAUUGGCCGUACCAAAAACAUGAAACUGUGGUUUUUAUCGUUCGAUAUUCAAUGGUAUUACAGUACCCGGCCGCGCUUUAUUCCACUAUUUGAUUGUGCAUACCAUGAUCAGUUCCGCCACCGUCGAUUCCUGGAUAUGAUGUUCAACUCUGCCGCGACAAAAAAUGAAGAUCGAUUCUAUGCUGUGCUUCCAUUGUCUGAUCAAUACAAGGAUUGUAUCGAAACACAAGAUACAGUGUCCCAAUGGAAUAUCACCGACAUGACCUCCGUUUGCUUGAGACUAUAUGCAUUUGUAGGGAUCCGGGAAAAAGCAGCCAUAUUGUAUAGUUGCUCCAAAGGAAAAACGCUAAUUUUACCAUCGUUUGCUUCUUGUUGCAGUGGAGACGCUAUAUCGAAAAUUUUGGAAUUGGAUCGACAUCAAUUACUAUUGGAGAGCCUCAUUUUGAUGACUCCAAUUAUAGACAGAUAUAGAAAUAGCAAGUAUGCAAUAGAAGACAAAGAAACUGCGAAUGGUAAUGGUUCAUUUUAUCGACUCGUUCGUCGUCAUGAUCAUCCUCAACAAUCCUAUCACGAACGUGCUUUCCUCAAAAUCAAAGUCAAAUGUCAUCGUCUUCUAUCCACAAGCAAUAAGGACACAAAAAUGUUUUUUCAUCAACAUGCCUCUAUUUGUGAACAAUUGGGGUUUGCCGAUGAACAAAAAGAACAGCAACAACAAAAUCAUCAUCAUCAUCUUUAUCAUCAUCAUCGUUCAUAUCAUUUAGAUCAAGUUUUUAUUCCUUUUAUUGAAUCAGGAACAAGAUCACCUAUUGGUGUCCAGUUAGUAGGCAAUCGUAAAUUGAAUCGUUGGGUUCUAUAUCAAUUGACCAUCAUCAAUGUGAAUGUUCCUGCCGCAGACUGGAAAUUGGUAGAGGAAGUGGAAGAAUUUCAUAUUUAUUAAAAUAAAAAAUG